UUUUCGCUCCAGCACCUCCACCUUCAAGGCAAUUUUUACAGAGACCUAGGAGAAAGCUCUCCCUUUUCUGGUCUGAGGAACCUGAGCUCUCUGCACCUGGGCAACCCUCAAUUCUCUGUGAUAAGGCAAGGGAACUUUGAUGGCCUUGAGUUUGUCAACCAGCUGUGGAUUGAUGGUGGUAAUCUCAGUCAGUAUGAGCAGGGAAGUUUGAAAUUGAUUAAGAAGAUAAAUCACAUGAUCAUAAACCUAAGAAAUAGUGAUGUAUUCUCAGAAAUUGUUAGGGACCUUCUGCACUCUGUGACUUGGCUAGAAGUAAGAGAAAUCAAAUUAGCGGUUGAAACAAAAAGCUUGGUGCAGAACUCUACACGUCCUUUUAGGAUGCAAAAACUUACGUGUAAAGAUGCUUUCUUCACAGAUAAGUCUAUUAGCCGAAUGUUGGUAUUAUUGAAGGAAAUCACCUCUUUACGAGAGUUAGAGGCAAUUGAUUGUGUGCUUGAGGGGAAGGGUCUAUGGGACACUAAAGAAAUAACAAGGAGUGGGCAAAGUUUUGUUGAAACAAUAUCAAUAAUAAAUUUAAUGAUGCAGAGUUUUUAUCUGUUUUUUGACCUGGAAGGUAUGGAGUCACAAAUAAACAAACUGAAAAGGCUCACUAUUGAAAGCUCUAAAGUUUUCAUGGUACCAUGCAAGCUUGCAAGACAUUUUUCAUCCCUUUUGUAUCUAGACUUUAAUGAUAAUUUGCUUGUAAAUAAUCGUUUAGAAGAGACUAUCUGUAAAGGUGCCUGGCCUUCACUACAAACUUUAAAUCUAAGUCAAAACUCUCUAAGAUCUCUGAAACAGACUGCAGAAUACAUAUCUCGUCUACCCAAACUGAAUAAUCUUGACAUUAGCCAAAAUAAUUUUGGUGAGAUUCCAGAUGCAUGUGACUGGCCAAAAAACCUGAAAUUUUUAAACCUCUCCAGCACUCAAAUUGCUAAAGUAACAGACUGCAUUCCCCAAACACUGGAAGUUUUGGAUAUUAGUGCUAACAACCUGAAGGAGUUUGGACUGCAGCUCCCACAUCUGAAAGAAGGGAGUCUAGACAAGCAGGCCUGCCCUCCCUUUCGGCUCUGCCUCCAUAAGCGGGACUUUGUGCCUGGCAAGUGGAUUGUGGACAACAUCAUUGACUCCAUUGAGAAGAGCCACAAAACGCUCUUUGUGCUGUCCGAGCACUUUGUGCAGAGUGAGUGGUGCAAAUACGAGCUGGAUUUCUCGCAUUUCCGCCUCUUUGAUGAGAACAACGAUGCGGCGAUUCUUGUCCUCCUGGAGCCCAUCCAGAGCAAAACGAUUCCCAAGAGGUUCUGCAAGCUGCGGAAGAUCAUGAACACAAAGACCUACCUGGAGUGGCCUCUUGGUGAAGAGCAGCAGCAGAUGUUUUGGUUUAAUUUGAAAAUGGCUCUAAAAUCCUAGACAGAUAGAAUAUACUUUGGAAUUUCUUCCUUUGCUCUUUUAUCCCAUCAGUUAUCUGUAUCCCAAGAACAGAGAGCUGAGCCACUGCAAAUUCUAACAUUUGCUGUGAGAUUAUUUUCUUUUUGUAGCUGUGGUUCUGAAUUGUUGUAGUGGUUUGUGCUGGAAUAGAGUUAAUUUUCUUCAUGGUUCCUUCUAUGGUGCUGUGGUUUGUAUUUGUCACCAAAACAGCCUUCACAGCACAGGGGCAUUUUAGUUAUUGCUCAGCAGUGCUUGCACAGUAUUGAAGUCUUUUCUGUUUCUCAUGCUGUGUCGCCAGCAAGUAGGCUGGGGGUGCAUCAUAAUUUGGGCAGGGACAGAACUGGGGCAGCUGAUCCCAACUGACCAAAGGGAUGUCCCAUACUAUAAUGUCAUGCUCCGUGACUUCAUGCUUAGCAAUAAAAGUUGUGGGAAAGAAAGAAUAAGGGAGGGUAUUUGGAGUUAUUGUGUUUGCCUUCCCAAGUAACUGUUCUGUGUA